UGUCCAGCGAAGGAGUUCUCUCUACUCGGACAGCAUACAGUGUGGGUGGAUUCUCAAGGGGUUUUUGUUGAAUACCAAUAUCUCAGCAGGUCCAUAGAAAUGGUUGCAAAUGGUGCAAAUCCCCCAAGAGGCAGUGCAGCAGCCACUGCCAGCAUGCGAAGGCGGAGGACUACCAGUGGUGGCAGUGCAGCAGGGGCAAGUGGAACGAUGCUCCAGUUCUACACAGAUGAUGCCCCAGGGCUCAGGAUUUCACCAAAUGUUGUGCUUGUAAUGAGCAUUGGAUUCAUAGCCUUUGUUUCCAUCCUUCAUGUCGUAGGCAAGUUAUUCCUGGUGUCAAGAGAGGCUGGGAGGUCCUAAUAAUAACAAAUCACUAGUAUGUUAACUUACAAGUUGUAGGUUGAAAAAUUUUCAAGUUCAAAUAGACUAUGUUUUGUUUGAGUUCUGCAA